UUAUUUAUUAAAUAUAUUAUAUUUAAUUUUUAUGAAUUUAAUUCAAAAUUCGAGUGAAUAAAGUUUUUCGGUAGUUUAAGUGUUUAUGUAUACAAAUUACUAAUAUUUUAAAAUGAACUCCCAUUUCUUCAAAAAUCCAUUAUCAUGAAUCUAUUGUCUCUAGUAUAGGUAUACCUAUAACUAUAUAUAAAAUUAAAUAGUUCAAAAACUACUCGUUCGAAUUUUGAUUUUGAUAUGUCAAGAUUAUAAGGAAAAUCUUUCGCUUAAUAUUUACUUACUAAAAAGAGGAGGAUGUCAUUUAGAAACAGAAGCUUAUAUCUCCGUAGAAUACUUCUUAAUAAUUUCGCGGACAUUCAGCUUUUGAAGAACUGCAUUGUUGAAGAUGAAAGUGGGGGUGAGCAUGCUCGUAAUAUGAGAAAUGUGAAAAAACUCAGUGAACAAGAAUUGCAACGACUGCCGAAAAGUUCAUGGCACGAUGAAUAUAAAUCAAGUGCAUGGAUAUUUGUUGGUGGAUUACCUUAUGACCUUUCUGAAGGCGAUGUCAUGUCUAUAUUUUCUCAGUAUGGAGAAAUUACUAACCUAAAUUUGGUACGGGAUAAAGACACUGGCAAACAGAAAGGAUUUUGUUUUGUAUGCUAUGAAGACCAAAGAAGUACAAUAUUAGCAGUAGAUAACUUUAAUGGUACACGGGUACUAGGUCGAAUAUUACGUAUUGAUCAUGUUAAAGAUUACAAACCACCAAGAAACUCAGAACCCACAAACAAAAUUAAAACUAAAAAAUACAAAAAACAAAAAAAGGUUAUAAAUUCCAGCUUCCAAGGUCUUUGAACACAUCUUAAAGUGAAAACUGAAAGAAAAUGAAACAAAGAUUUCUACCUGUUACUCAAGAAGAAGAAUACCAAUACAUAACCAUUCAUAGCGAGGCAUUUAUUACAUAGAUCAGCGGUUCUCAACCUUUUUAUAUACCUAUAGAAUUUUAUAAAGGGAGAUUUUCUUCGCGUACUAUCUAUGAGCUUUCAUAGGUUGAGAAGCACUGAUAUAGAUAAUCAACUCACUAUAUGAACAUAAAUGUUUAUGAAACAGCAAUACAAUACUAAAAAUGAGGAUUUAAAUAGCUGCAAGAGAUGGUAAUCAUGUCAUUCAUAAAAAAAUAUGGAGGUAUUUUUUUUUAAAGAAAUUUUCCAUUAAAUUAGAUUGUUGACUGUCACCUAAAAUUUGUUUUAAUUAAGUGUUUUUAUUCAAAUGUUUUCAUUAAAAUCUUUGUUCCAAGUUUCUGACUAUCAAAGGCAUCCUAAGAAAAUAAGUUCAACAUGAAAAAAACAAAAUACCGUUUAGUACUGCUCAUUUUUAAAAAAAUUAUCCCAAUGUUUUAUGGUACUUAAUAGU